AUGCAGAAUGCCUUGAGGUUUUUUUUUAAAUUUAUUAAAAAAAUUUUUUCGAUUAGAUUUCGGGCUCAAAUUAUAAGUAAAAUGCGUAGAUUUUUGGAAGAUGAAUGUGCUUUUGUUGAUAUACAGACCCCAACACUGGGCAAUAUCACACAUGGUGGUGUAAAUGAAUUUCCUGUGGCGGCCACUGCUUUUGGCGACUUCUUUAGUCUUCCACAGAGCCCUCAGAUUUACAAACAAUUAUUAAUGUGUGGAGGAAUUGACAAAUAUUAUCAGGUAGCAAUUUGUUAUAGAGACGAACCUACCAAACCUAACAGACAACCAGAAUUUACACAAUUGGACUUGGAAUUGUCUUUUACUAAUCAAGAAAAAAUUAUUUGUUUAAUUGAACAAAUUUUAAUUAAUUCGUGGCCUAAAGAAUUGGAACAACACAAACCAACCGUUCCUUUUCCUCGACUGGAUUAUGCAGAAGCGGUUAAGAAAAAAUUUUUUCUGAAUUUAUUUUUAAUUUUUUUUAUUUUGUACUGGAGGUCGGUCCUGCUUUUUAAAAUUUUCUUUGGGUCGAGGUUUUGGUUCGAAAAGAGGUGCAGAAGCACUUAUGAGCAGGAAAAAUAG